AUGGUGUGCCAUUCUUUUCAACCUCCUCAUCACAAAUAUGGCUUCUUCCAAGUACUUAAUAGCUCUGCUUCUUGGGCUGCUCACGCCACCCAAGCCUCCAGUGAGCCCAAUUUACAAGCCACCCAAGCCUCUGGUAGGUCCAAUUCACAAGCCACCAAGCCACCAGUAGGCCCAAUUUACGAGCCACCCAAACCACCCAAGCCUCCGAUAGAACCAAUUUACAAGCCACCCAAGCCACCCAAGCCUCCGGUAGGUCCAAUUCACAAGCCACCCAAACCUCCGGUAGGCCCAAUUUACGAGCCACCCAAACCACCCAAGCCUCCGGUAGAUCCAAUUCACAAGCCACCCAAGCCACCGAAGCCUCCGGUAGGUCCAAUUCACAAGCCACCCAAACCUCCAGUAGGCCCAAUUUACGAGCCACCCAAACCACCCAAGCCUCCAGUGGAUCCAAUUCACAAGCCACCCAAGCCUCCGGUAGGUCCAAUUUACAAGCCACCCAAGCCUCCAGUAGGCCCAAUUUACAAGCCACCCAAACCACCCAAGCCUCCGGUGAGUCCAAUUUACAAGCCACCCAAGCCUCCGGUAGGUCCAAUUUACAAGCCACCCAAACCUCCGGUGGUUCCAAUUUACAAGCCACCGGUGAUUCCAAUUUACAAGCCACCUAAACCUCCCCUUACUCCAAUUUACAAGCCACCGGUAAGUCCAAUUUACAAGCCACCGAAGUCUCCUAUGGAUCCCAUACACAAACCACCGAUGCCAAUUGACAAACCAGCCUCUACGCCCACCAUAUUCUUACAAGCCUCCGUACAAGCCACCAACAUCCAACUGAGUUGUGUAUUGAAGUGAAGCAAUGCAUGGCCUAUGGUUGAUGGUGUUUCAAGAAAAUAUAUCUACUUACUUUUCUUCUUGCCUAUUUUUCAUGUUUUUCCUAUUGGAAAUUUAAUAAGAAAAUCUAAACUGCCAACCCA